GUGGAGUUAAUAAAAAAAAAACAGGCGGAAGCAGGUAGCAGCUAGCUGAACCAAAAACAAGAGUUCCAUUCGCAACGCAACCACACUAACCGCGAUGGCUCCACACUCGAACCUUAACCACGUUGAUGAUCCUACGUAUGACAUUGUGAUAGUGGGUGCUGGCAUCAUUGGGUUAACCAUUGCUCGCCAUUUCCUCUUGUUUUCUGACCUCUCCGUCGCCAUAGUCGAUAAGGAUGUACCUUGUUCUGGUUCCACUGGUGCAGGACAAGGAAAUCUAUGGAUGAUACACAAAACCCCUGGAAGUGCUACAUGGGAUCUUACGAGGAGGAGCCAUCAACUUUGGAAGAUGCUGGCACAGAGCCUAGAAGAGCAAGGCUUGGAUCCUAUGGUGGAGUUGGGUUGGAAAGUGUGUGGGAGCCUAUUAAUCGGUAGAACUCAAGAAGAGUCAGACAUGCUAAAAGAGAUGGUGAAACAACUUUGUGAAGCUGGAUUGAAAGCGGAGUACCUGUGUAGCAGUGAUUUGAUUAAAGAGGAACCUGAUCUGUUGGUGGAGAAAGACACUGCAGCUGCAUUUCUACCAGAUGAUUGCCAAUUGGAUGCUCGUCGUACUGUUGCAUAUAUUGAAAAGACUAACAGGAAUUUUGCAUCAAAAGGAAGAUAUACAGAAUUUUACAAUGAGCCAGUGAAAUCCUUCAUCAGGUCUUAUAGCAAUGGGGAGGUCAAAGCUGUUCAGACUUCCAAGAACACAAUAUACAGCAAAAAAGCGGUUAUAGUUGCAGCUGGUUGUUGGACUGGUGGUUUGAUACAGGACUUGUUCAGAAAUUGGGGAAUGGAAUUGCAUGUUCCAGUAAAACCAAGAAAGGGUCACCUACUUGUGCUCGAGAAUUUCAAUUUUCUUCAAUUGAAUCAUGGCUUGAUGGAGGCAAAUUAUCUCAACCAUCCAACAAUUUCUGGUUUAGAAUCAUCUGAUCAUGAAAAGCACUUAUCUGUUUCAAUGGUAGCAAAUAUAGACGUAGCAGGGAAUCUUCUUCUUGGUAGUAGCCGUGAAUUUGUUGGUUUCAACACCGAUUUGGACGAGUCUGUUGUUAGUUACAUAUGGAAGCGAGCUGGAGAUUUCUUUCCCAAAUUGAAAACACUUUCCUUGUCAGAUUUAAGUGCAAGUAGAAAAGUCAGAAUAGGACUACGACCUUACAUUCCUGAUGGGAAGCCAGUGAUUGGCCCUGUGCCUGACUUGUCAAAUGUGUACCUUGCAUCUGGACAUGAAGGGAAUGGGCUUUCAAUGGCUUUGGGUACGGCUGAAAUGAUGGUUGAGAUGGUGUUAGGAUAUCCGGGAAAAGUUGAUAGCACACCUUUCGCUGUGCAUCAUGUUCUUGAUUAAAAUUACUCAACUGAUGAGAAUUAUAAGCAAUGUCCUAAAAUGUGAAGUCAUAAAAGGCCACUUGGAUUAUAAGUGAAUUACUACACUAAUAAAGAAAACAUCAUCUCACGUACACAAUUAUUUUUUUAACUUUGGUU